AUGGAAGGACGAUACGGAGUUGUCCAACAGUCGCAACAAAAGUUCAUUCGGCCAGUACACGGGUACAUGGAUAUCCCGACGUUCAAGAAGAGCUCCCGCACGGGGGCGACGGGCUCUUUCGAAGCCCCACAUGCGGCGACUUUGGAUGUACGGCUUGUCAUGCUGGUUACACUACAAUGGCUCGCAAGCGGCGUGUCGGUGCGGAGUCAAGAGCAGUUGUUCCAAUACCACAACCAUGUUACGUUGGCCUACUAUCGACAGCUUGAUGUGCGCGCAAUCAUCAAAGGCUUGGUUGACAGCGGAUUCUAUGGUUCGGAUCGGCAUGAACCUGACCGCGUGCGCUCCAGCUGUGAAGCAUUUCGUCAAGAGCAUCAAACCUUCAACAAGUGUCUUGGUGCUUUGGAUGGUACCCACAUCUCCAUUGUGGUGUCUGCGGAGAUGCAAGAUCGAUUCCAAAAUCGCAAGGACCAGACAUCGACGCACGUAUUGGGUGUCGUCGACGAGUUGGGAAGAUUAAUGGCUGUCUUUGCGGGUGGUGAAGGCUGCUCAUCCAACAGCUUUAUAUACAGCCAGACGGAGUUUGAAGGAAGUGUCCCUAGCGGUUACUUUUACCUUGGUGAUCCUGGCUACCGUUUGUCCAAGGUGCUGCUGACGCCAUACAGAAGCCAACGUUAUCAUCUCCGCGAGUGGGCAGCGAAUACGGACGGCAGACCCAAGACUACCAAGUAA